GUAGAUAAAAAAAAACUUUAAAUACACAUACACAUACCACCACAUACACACAUACAUCAAGUCAUUAACAUUCACAGGCGCUUCUCUUCCCUCUCUUGCUCGAGCUUUUUAGCCUUUGGUUUCUACGGGUAACCUCUUUCUCUUCCCCCGAAAACUAUUUCUAUCUUCUCAGAGACAAAGAGGGGAAAGAGAUACAGAGAUCCAAAGCAAAAGCAACCUUGUCCGUUUGCUUCCUCUUUCGUGUGAAAGAUUCGUUAUCCCUUUUCUCUUUCGGCAAACUCAGGGCGGCGAUCCACUCUCCUCCGUCGCUUCUAUAAAUCAAAAAAGAAAUGAAGAGGGUUAGAGAAGAGGUCUACGUUGAACGAGGAGGACAUGCUGUUUCGUCUCGAGGUGAAACAAAUGGUAAGGCUCUAACGAUUGGUGGAGGAGGAAACAUGGGAGGGCUGACAACAGGUGAUGCCUUGAGCUACCUCAAAGCUGUGAAAGAUAUGUUUCAAGACAAGAAAGACAAGUAUGACACUUUCCUUGAAGUCAUGAAGGACUUUAAAGCUCAGAGAGUUGACACAAGUGGUGUCAUAGCGAGAGUAAGAGUGUUGUUCAAGGGCUAUGAUGACUUGCUUUUGGGGUUUAAUACCUUCUUGCCCAAAGGGUACAAGAUAACCCUUCCUGAGAAGAAGGCAGUUGAUUUUGGAGAAGCUAUUGAGUUUGUUAACAAGAUCAAGGCGCGGUUUGGAAGUGAUGACCGUGCAUAUAAAAAGUUUCUAGACAUCUUGAACAUGUAUAGAAAGGAAAGCAAGUCUAUCUCUGAUGUAUAUCAAGAGGUUACUCUGUUGUUCCAGGACCAUGAAGAUCUGCUUGUGGAGUUCGCCCAUUUCUUACCUGAUAAUUCAGGACCAGGUUCUGCUCAUUACCCUCUGUCCGGAAGUAACGCAGUACCAGGUGCUCCAGUUCCUGCAAUGCAUCCAAGGAAUUUUGAGAAGAGAAUAAAAAUACGGAAUGAGUAUACUGAACACUCUGAUCAACGAGAAGAUGGUGACGAGAACCUUGUGGCUUGCUCUGCUGGUAAUUCUCUGGGAAGAUACCUGAAGGUAGAGGACAAAGAGGGUAUUCAAGAUUAUGAAAAUGGCAGUAAAGACAAUGGAAGUCACAAAAUUCUACUAUCUUCCAGCAACCAUGUGGCCAAGGGUAUUAAUGAACUGGAUCUUUCUGAGUGUGCUCAAUGUUCUCCAAGUUAUCGUCUCCUUCCAGAUGAUUAUCUUAUUCAGAUCCCAAGCUACAGAAAUACACUAGGUGAAAAGGUACUUAACGAUCACUGGGUAUCUGUCACAUCGGGGAGUGAGGACUACUCAUUCAAACACAUGCGUAAAAACCAGUAUGAAGAAAGCUUGUUUCGAUGCGAGGAUGACAGGUUUGAGUUGGACAUGUUAUUAGAGUCUGUGAAUGCAGCCAUUACGCGUGUGGAAGCUCUUUUGGAGAAGAUCAACAACAACACAAUCUCUAUAGAGACACCAAUUUGUAUCAAAGAACACUUAUCAGAGCUGAACCUAAGAUGCAUUGAGCGGUUGUACGGAGAUUAUGGGCUUGACGUCAUGGAUUUUCUGAAGAAGAAUUCUCAUAUAGCCUUACCGGUGAUACUAACUCGCUUGAAGCAGAAGCAAGAAGAAUGGGCUAGGUGUCGCUCUGAUUUCAGGAAAGUAUGGGCUGAAGUAUAUGCUAAGAACCAUCACAAGUCACUAGAUCAUCGAAGCUUCUAUUUCAAGCAGCAGGACUCCAAGAAUCUGAGCACAAAAGGUUUAGUGGCGGAAAUAAAAGAUAUCAGUGACAGAAAGCAUAUAGAAGAUCCGCUUCAUGCCAUUGCUGUGGGAACUAAGCCCUCUUUCACCCCUGAUGUGGAGUUCAGUUACACUGAUACACAAGUUCAUGCUGACCUUUAUCAACUAAUCAAGUAUUAUUGUGAAGAGAUAUGUGCUACGGAACAGUCGGAUAAAGUAAUGAAGCUGUGGGUAACCUUUUUGGAGCCCAUGUUUGGCGUUCCUUCUAGGUCUCAAACUGAUGAGACAGUGAUAGAUGUUGCAAAGUCCAAAGACAACCAAGAGCAGCGUGAGGCAGUGAAAGACAACACCCGUGACGGCUCUCCUGUCUCAAACCUUAAACCACUAACACCUCCAAAAACACCCAAUAAAGAAAAUCCAACAAUAGGAAGCUCCUUUGCUGGUGCAGCUACGAAUACUGAGGAUAGCCAGCCUAAGCUGGUGUCACCAAAGGAUUUGGUAAUAGAGGAUUUAGAGAAUCGUAGUAAGGUUAGUGUUGUAUCAAUGGGAGAGCCCCAUAAGGUUGAGCGAGAAGAGGGUGAAUUAUCUCCCACCGAAAGUUUUGAGCAUGACAACUCGGAGGUUUGUAGAGACAAUGGCGUCGAGUCUGUGCAGAAACUGCCAGACAAUGUAAGAAGUAAUACAUCCCCUGAAGAUGAUGGAAGUAAACCUACUCAAAAGUUAUUAGAAGCGAAUGAAAACGCCUCUAAAGUUCCGGCUUCAGGAAGCAAGUUUGGUGGCCAAGUUUCUUUAGAUGAAGAGCAUAAAAGAGCUAUGAAUUGUGACCAGCUUGAUGAAUCCUUCUCCACAUUUUCAGAACGGUCUCUGCAACCUGUAAAGCCCCUUGCAAAGCAUGUUCCUGUGGCACUACAUGACUCCCCCAAUGAUUCUCGAGUUUUCUAUGGGAAUGAUUCAUUUUAUGUUCUUUUUAGGCUUCAUCAAAUGUUGUACGAGAGAAUACUAUCUGCAAAGAUACAUUCAGAGAGGAAAUGGAAAGCUCCAGAUCGAGAUAACACAUCUCCUGAUUCUUAUACCAGGUUCAUGGAUGCCCUCUAUAAUUUACUUGACGGCUCGAGUGAUAACACAAAGUUUGAAGAUGAAUGCCGAGCUAUUAUUGGAGCACAAUCAUAUAUUCUCUUCACAUUAGACAAGCUAGUUCAGAAGUUUGUCAAGCAUCUUCAUGCGGUUGCAGCUGACGAGACAGACACCAGGCUACUGCAACUACAAACAUAUGAGAGCUACAGAAAACCAGGAAGAUUCUUUGAGAUAGUGUACCAUGAGAACGCCAGAGCCCUUCUCCAUGAUCAGAACAUAUACCGGAUUGAAUAUUCAUCUGCACAGACCCGUCUGGCGAUUCAACUUAUGAACAGCGGGAAUGACCAGCCUGAAGUUACAGCAGUAGCAGUGGAACCAGGUUUUGCUAAUUAUCUGCAGAAUGAGUUUCUUUCGCUUGUACCUGAUGAAGAAAAGCCUGGUCUGUUUCUUAAGAGGAAUAAGGCGAAAAUGAGCGGUCUAGAUGAAUCUUCAGGGAUGUCGCGUGCAAUGGAAGGAUUGAAGAUUAUCAAUGAGGUUGAAUGUAAGAUGGCUUGCAGUUCCUCCAAGGUCAAGUAUGAACCAAAUACAUCAGAUCUUUUGUAUAGAAGCAAGCAGAAGAAACCAAAACUGAGUCCAAAUGGGCUUGACAAUGAUAAAACUACUCCUAGUAGCAGUGAAAUCUCUAGAAAGAAGAGAAAAUCACGUUUUCACACAAGUCUUAACCGUAGACUUGUUUCCUUGCGUUAAAAACGCGGCUCCAAGCACGUGUGAAUGUUCUUGGCUGAGAUAUGCAAGCAAAGCAUCAGUUAGUGGUAGAGACUAGAGACCAAACUGUCUUUUUGACAAGAUUAUUGACAUAAUUUUGGCUCAUAGAGUGUUUGCAUGACAGCAUGAGAACCGUUUAUUUUACUAAAUUGCGUCUGGAGAUGCCAGUUUUGGUGUAUAGUGUAAGAUUUAUAUAUGUACCACCAGACAAUGCUAGUGUCUGAGAUUUUGAAUUCAUUCAUUCAAACAAAUGUUGGAUCCCUUCUAAUGUUAUGUUUCUCUUUCAUUAAA